AUGGACGUGGGCAGAGCCAGCUAUCUGCCUCCGGGGUCCCCACAGUGCUCAGUGGAAGGCGGUCCAGGGGACCGCAGCCUCCGCUUCCGCUGCUCGUGGCCCGGCGGGGUCCCCGCGGCCUCCCUGCAGUUCCAGGGUCUCCCUGAAGGCGUCCGCGCAGGGCCGGCGCCCUCUGCGCUCCAGGCGGCUGUCCCCGCUCACCCCCGGCUCAGCGGCGUCCCCGUCACCUGCCUCGCUCGCCACCUGGUGACCACGCGCACCUGCACGGUUACCCCGGAGGCCCCUCGGGAGGUGCUGCUGCGUCCUGCAGUGGAGGAAACACGGUCGGGGGAGGCAGAGGUGGCGCUGGAGGUCACUGGCUGUCCUCCACCAUCCAGAGCAUCUUGGGCCCGGGAAGGGCGGCCCGUGGCCCCAGGAGGAGGGGGUCGCCUGCGGCUCAGCCCAGAUGGGCGCAGGCUCCUCAUUAGCAACUUCAGCCUGGAUUGGGACCUGGGAAAUUACUCCGUGUUGUGCAGCGGGGCGCUGGGUGCCGGGGGCAACCAGAUCACCCUCAUUGGACCUUCCAUCUCCUCGUGGAGGCUGCAGAGAACCCGGGAUGCAGCAGUGCUGACUUGGGAUGUGGAACGCGGGGCCCUGAUCAGUGGUUUUGAGGUCCAGGCACGAACAGAAGGCCCCAACCUGGGUAGAGCCACCACCUACAGGGACUGGAUCACCCUGCUCACCCUGGAGCCUCAGGAGCGGUCAGCUGUGGUGCCCCUUCCUCAUCGGAACCCUGAGACCUGGGCCUUCCGUAUCCUGCCCACCCUGGGGGGCCAGCCAGGGACCCCAUCACAAAGCCAAGUCUACCAGGCCCGCCCCACCCUGAGCCCAGGGGCCAUUGCUGGCAUCGUCCUGGGUUCCCUACUGGGCCUGGCGCUCCUGGCAGCGCUUCUCUACCUGUGCAUCUGCUGCCUGUGCAGCUUUAGGGGAGACUCUCUGAAGAAAAAGAAGCAUCCCCCCUCUUUGCCACCUGUGGUUCCCCCACUGGAAAAGAAGAUGCAGAGUGUAACCCCAGUGCAGACGCCACUGCCUCUGCCCCUCAAAGUCCCGCUGGAGGACCCUAGCCCAAACAAGGCUCACCAGGCCACUGGCCCCAGUCCAGUCAUCUCUCUGGGCGGGGGCCCAAGGACUGUUCGGGCAGCCACACAGGUGUGA